GAUACCCAUUUCAAUAUGACUGGAAUGUACUCAAGGCAAAAUGCUUCAUCCCAAGAUAUUAAUCUUCCUCACUACCAGCGAGAUGGAGACCCUUUUGCAUCAAAACUCUCAAAGGAAGCUGACAUAAUAGCUGGAAUUUAUUUAUUAAUAAUAGGGAUCUUGUCCACUUUAGGCAACGGAUAUAUUAUUUAUAUGUCUAUACAACGGAAAAGGAAGCUGAGGCCUGCAGAGAUCAUGACGGUCAAUUUAGCAGUCUGUGACUUGGGGAUUUCAGUGACAGGAAAGCCAUUUAGUGUCAUUGCAUUCCUCUCCCACCGUUGGAUCUUUGGUUGGAGUGGCUGCCGCUGGUACGGAUGGACCGGCUUCUUCUUUGGAGUCGGAAGUCUUAUUACUAUGACUGCAGUCAGCCUGGACCGGUAUUUCAAAAUCUGCUAUUUAGCUUAUGGAAUCUGGUUGAAGAGACACCAUGCUUUUAUCUGCCUAGGCAUUAUCUGGUCCUACGCUGUCUUUUGGGCCACCAUUCCCUUUGCUGGCUUGGGGAACUAUGCUCCUGAGCCCUUCGGCACAUCCUGCACCUUGGACUGGUGGCUGGCUCAAGGUUCAGUGGCAGGGCAGGCAUUCAUCCUGAAUAUUCUUUUCUUCUGCCUCAUAUUCCCAACUGCUGUGAUCGUGUUUUCCUAUAUUAAAAUAAUAGCAAAGGUCAAGUCAUCCAGCAAAGAAGUAGCUCAUUAUGACAGCAGGAUUCAGAAUAGCCAUGAACUGGAAAUGAAACUAACUAAGGUGGCGAUGUUGAUCUGUGCAGGAUUUCUAAUUGCUUGGAUCCCGUAUGCGGCUGUAUCAGUAUGGUCUGCUUUUGGAAAACCAGAUUCGGUUCCCAUAAAGGUUUCAGUGGUGCCCACUUUGCUUGCAAAAUCAGCAGCCAUGUACAACCCUGUUAUUUACCAGGUCAUCAACUGUAAAUCAGUCUGUUGUCAGCCAGAGGCUCUCAGGCCACUGCAGAAGAAAAACUCCUUGAAGAAAUCCAGGCUGUAUGUAGUCUCUACAGAAAACAAGUCUGAGGUAAUGGCUGAAACUCAACUGGAUGUUGCAUAGGAGCCUGGCAGCCCUCAGCUCCCCAGCCAACCAGCGGGUUUGUUUCUCAGCUGCUUCU